GAGAAUCUUAUGGGUCACUUUUGCUUGUCAUUUUUACCAUAGGACUAAAGAAUUCCUUAAAAUUCAGCCGCCAUUGAUGAUCACCUUCCAAGAAGCUGAUUCGGGCAGUUGGUUCCAAUUCAGUUAAUUCUACCCAGAAAAACUAGUACAACGUUGUCAUAAUUUAAUACUUCCCAGAGACAGAAAAUCAAUUGUGUUAGUAUUGUAUUACUAACAAAGAUUCAAACUUGUACACCUCUUACCUUGAACAUUAACAAAAUCAAUCAGUUAGGAGUUCUCCGGUUAUUUUUUUCCUUCCGUAAGCCGCCUGUUAGCCCAAAUGUUUGGUAGCUCAAACUUGUGCUAAAACAGUAGCAGAUGUUAUUUGCUGCGAAAAUUUGUUCAUAGAAGAGCUUCAAGAACCAAUUUUUUCAUCAUGAAAUCUGGGUUCUUGAUUCUUUUUUCACUACUCUUGCUUUCAGUAUGCCUCCUUCCAGUUUAUUCUUCAUCACCACCGCCUUCCAACAAUAUCAGCUCCUCAAGUGAAUGUCCAAUGGAUCUAAAUUAUGUUCUGAGAAUUCCAUGGUCAACUGGUGACUGCAAAAACCCUGCAAAUUCUAAGGCAAACCCUCAAGUACCACCUACUGUUAUGGAUAAUUCUUCUUCUUCUUCUUCUUCUUCUUCAAGCUCAGGGAAUGGUGGCAAGUGUUGCCAGACCCUUCUUUCCCUUUAUGGGAUAGGAUUAGCAGAACGUCUCAAAGCUACUAAUGGGUUCAAUUUACCCAAUUUAGAAACCUCGGUUUCCUGCCUGAAUGAUUUUCAAUCCAAGCUCAAUAAACUUUCUCUUUCCCCUGAUCUGACUUCUACCUGCUUUGACCCUCUUCAGUUUGUGACCUCUCCCAACGUUUGUGCAUCAAUUCAGACGACUCAAGAUUGGGUGAAGGCUUUGGGUCCUUCAACUGUUUUGGACACUGCUUGUAAGCCGGAUCUUACUGAUCUCACUGCUUGUGAUGCCUGUGUGGCUGCUGGCUUGCAGAUUCAGUCAAAAUUGAUUGGGAUUGAUGGUAAUAAGUCUCACUCUGUAUCAUGCUUUUAUUUCAGUAUUCUUUAUGCUGCUGGUGUUGUCAAUGAGUUUGGACCUCAAAGCAAUGCUGCCAUUUCUUGCAUUUUCAAUCUUCAAGUUAAGCCUAAAAAGAAACAUACAGCUUUGAGAUUUGGACUGGCUGGUGCGGGUUCAGCGGUUUUCGUGAUGAUCUUGUUGUUGGUUCUUUAUGUUUGGUGGGUUCAGAAGAGGAGAAAAUAUGAGAGUUCUGAAUUACGUUUAGGAGAAAUGGAGUCUAGACCAAGAAUGAGGCCUAAUACAGUUUCAAUCUGGUUCAAGAUUCAUGAACUUGAGAAGGCUACUGAAAAUUUUUCAUCUAAGAAUUUCAUUGGUAGGGGAGGAUUUGGCAUUGUUUACAAGGGUACACUCUCGGAUGGAACUGUUGUUGCUGUCAAAAGAGUUAUAGAGUCUGAUUUCGAAGGAAAUGAUGAGUUUUGCAAUGAAGUAGAGAUUAUUAGCAAUUUAAAGCAUCGAAAUCUGGUACCGCUUAGAGGUUGUUGUGUGACGGAUGAAGAUGAAAAUGGUGGACAAGGAGAUAGCCACAGGUACCUUGUAUAUGACUACAUGCCUAAUGGGAAUCUUGAAGACCAUUUGUUUUCAACUGUUGAGGGCGGAAGUAGGAAGCCCCCAUUAACAUGGCCUCAAAGAAAAAACAUAAUUCUGGAUGUGGCAAAAGGCCUUGCUUAUCUGCACUAUGGAGUAAAGCCUGCAAUUUAUCAUAGAGACAUCAAAGCUACUAACAUACUGUUAGAUGCUGACAUGAGGGGGAGAGUUGCAGAUUUCGGGUUGGCAAAGCAGAGCAGGGAAGGGCAGUCUCAUCUCACAACCAGGGUGGCUGGAACACAUGGAUAUCUGGCACCAGAGUACGCGCUUUAUGGCCAGUUAACAGAGAAAAGUGAUGUAUACAGCUUUGGUGUGGUUAUUCUGGAGAUAAUGUGUGGGAGAAAGGCUCUUGAUUUAUCUUCAGGUUCGGCGCGAGCUUUUCUAAUUACUGAUUGGGCAUGGUCACUGUUGAAAUCUGGGAAGAUUGAAGAAAUAUUGGACCCUUGUUUGGUGAAGAAUGAGGAUUCAGAAACUGCUAAUCCAAAGGGAAUCAUGGAGAGGUUUGUACAAGUUGGAAUAUUGUGUGCACAUGUGAUGGUGGCUUUGAGGCCAACCAUUAUGGAUGCAUUGAAGAUGUUAGAAGGAGAUAUUGAGGUUCCUGAAAUUCCAGAUAGACCGGCACCUCUUUUGCAUCCGUCCUUUCAAGGAGGCGAUGAUAAUGGUUUCAGCAAAUCUCCAGCUUGGAGUGCUUUCGAGUUGAAUUCAGGUGAGAUGCUCAGAUGACGAGUGGCAUUCCUUAGUUGAACUUUUACUCCUUCCAGUUUCCCAGAGGAAAACUGUGAAAGGCCAAAACUUUUGGAUGUUUUGAUAGAGAUCAGAGAUGACAGUAGUUUCUGUAUAUUUUCUCAUUUGAAGGUCUAAACAUGGAAUAGCUGAUAGACAGUCCACAGAAAACGGUACAUCAUACAGUUUUUAUGUACACUUUUUGAAGCAUGUAACGCAUACUCAUCAAUAUAUAAUAUCAGAAAUACUCCCCCCGUCCCAUAAUUAUUGUCCACUUUGCCCAAAAAAUUUUGUCCCAAAAUUAUUGUCCAAUUU